CAGGGAGAGGAGUGUGACGAUAUGAACACUAUGAAUGGAGACGGCUGCUCCGGCCAUUGUAAGAAGGAGCCGUUCUUCAACUGUGUUGAUGAGCCGAGCAUGUGCUACUAUUACGACGGCGACGGCGUCUGUGAAGACUUCGAGCGGGAGACCGGAGUGAAGGACUGUGGCUUGUAUACGCCGAAUGGUUUUCUGGACCAGUGGGCCACCGCAGUGGAAGUGUCCCAUGAAGAUAGGCUGUACUGCCCAGCCGACGUGGCUGCAGGAUAUCCCGCUAUCACCAAGACAUGCCAGUCCAAGAUGUUUGACCUCUCUGAUGGAGUGUCCCAGUACGCCUGGUUCCCAUGUGAUCAGGCUCAGGGGGUUCCCUGGUAUCCCCAGUACUGGUUGAGGGCAUAUUUCUCACACCCUAUGGUUGCUGCGGCUGUUAUCAUCCAUUUAGCCGCAGAUGGAACGAGCUUCAUCGACCAAGCCCAGUGCAACAUUACAGUCCAGCUGAUCGACACCAAAGAGGCCAUCCACAGCUUAGGUGACUGGCGUUUGAGCUGCCGCACCAAUCCUCUGGUCAUCCCAGUAAGUCAUGACUUGAGCAUGGCCUUCUACCACACCAAAGCCAUUCUCCUGAAGUUCCGCUCCGACCUCGUGGCCAUCUCCGGUGUCGGCCUGCGCUCUUUCCAGUUCUUCGACCCAAUCACCAUCAGCGGCUGUCAGAGCAAUGAAAUAUACAACCCCAUGGGCCAGAGGUGAGCCGAGUCAAACCACGGCUUUCAUUGACCUCUCACAUUCGUAGAAGAAAAGCUUCUGUAUAGAAUCGUAAAAAGGUUUCGUCAGGUGCUAUCGUCUUUUGGAUUUAGUUUUCAUUUCAUUUUAUGAAUUAAAGCGCUCGUACACAGUUGGGGAAAAAAGAAAUUUCCCAUGUAAUAUGAUGCAUACUUUUAACUCAUGUUAUCAUUUUUGGCAUAAAGCGCUCUUAAAAAUGUAAUCAAGAACCCUAAAGUUGUUCCAAGAUGUCCA